GCCACGUUAAAGAAAACGCAACGCUUUGAUUCACGAAGCGCUAGCCUCGGUUAAAUUGCGUUGCGCUCACACGUUGUUCAAUGCUUACGCUUUUAGCGUAAAGUUACUGCCCACUGUUCUCCAGGGAGCCUUUUAUCAAAAGGGCUGGGUGUUGCAGCUGCUGCAGUCAUGGCCACGCGCAGGAUCACACAGGAGACCUUCGAUGCAGUGGUCAGAGAAAACAUCGAGGAGUUUGACAUGAAGGAGAGCGAAGCUUUGAAGGAGGCCAUCGAGCAGUUUGAGUCUCAGGGUGUGGAUCUCAGCAACAUUGUUAAAGCAGUGCCCAAAGUUUCUUCUGAAGAAAACACAGAGGAUCAGACCCAUGAGGUUCUUCAGGCUUUGGAGUCUAUCAAAACUGCAGUGGCUUCAUCGUCCGCAUCCGUUCUGGAGGAUCUGAGGGUCUUCACCCAGCAGUGCUCUCUCGGCUUCGCACAGCGAUACCUGGCCGCUCAAAAAGAGGCGUAUCCCGUGAUCCUCGCCUGCUGCCAGAGAGCCGCUGGAGAGAAGGAAGCCCUUUCCGUGGCUCUGGCCGCGCUCUCGGCGCUAACAGACGGCCAGCCGGAUCUCCUGGACGUGGAAGGGCGAGAGUUUCUGAUGGGUGUUUUGACGGCGCACCAGACAGAUGCCGCUCUCAGCUGUCUGUGCAUCCGUGUGGUGAGACACUGCUGUGUGAAGCACGAGAACAACCGGCAGGAUCUGGUGAAGGUAGGUGUGCUCCCGCUGCUCACCGCCAGCAUCACACGACACAUCCAUCACCCCGAGGUCGUGAAGGAGGCCUGUGUCACGCUGAGGGUCAUGACCUUUGAUGAUGACGUGCGUGUGCCAUUUGGGCACGCCCAUGAACACGCCAAGAUGAUCGUGCUGGAGCACAAUGGACUCAAAGUCAUCGUUGAAGCUGCUAAAGCUCAUCCAGAGAACGCAACGGUGCUCAGUGAACUCUGUGGCACUCUGUCCCGUCUGGCGGUGAGAAACGAGUUCUGUCAGGACAUCGUAGACCUGGGGGGCCUGAAGUUCAUGAUCACGCUCCUGGCUGACAGUCUGGAUUGUCCGGUGAGCUGCAGGAUCAGAGAGAGCUUCAGCAUCGUCUCCUGUGAACACAAACCAAUCUCUUGUUGUUGUGAUGCGUCUGUCUUCCAGGAGCUUGUGAAGCAGGUGCUCAGCGCACUGAAGGCCAUUGCAGGAAACGAUGAUGUCAAAGAUGCCAUAGUGAAUGCUGGAGGGGCGGAGCUUAUCGUCAUGGCGAUGAACCGUCACAUGUCUAAUGCACAGGUGUGUGAGCAGGGAUCUGCGGCGCUCUGUGUCAUCGCUCUACGUAAACCCAAUAACUGUAAAGUGAUCGUGGAGUGUGGCGGAGCGCUGGCGGCUCUGCAGGCCAUGAAGACCCAUCCGGCUGAAGUUAAUGUGCAGAAACAGUCGUGCAUGCUGCUGAGGAACCUGGUGGCCCGCACACGUGACUUCAGCCAGCUCAUCCUGGAGAUGGGAGCCGAGGCGCUGAUCUCGCAGGCUCUGGCGGCUCACAGAGACUGUGGAGACGUGGGUCGAGCCGCGCUCAGAGACCUCGGCUGCCAGGUGGAGCUACGAGAGCUCUGGACGGGCAAGAAGGGAAGCCUGAGUCGCUGAUGAAUGAUGCCAAACUCAAAACAAUCAUAAUAUAAUCAUACGACAGCAUGUCUUAACUGUGGAGCUCAUACUAAAUAUAUGUGCAGAAGUGCAUCUGAUGUAAACAUGCAUAGGAUGCAUUACAGGUUACAGUGUACGUGUGUUUUUUUUAAGAGUUAAACUAAUGCUGUCAAACGAUUAAUCGCGAUUAAUUGCUUCCAAAAUAAAAGUUUGUGUUUGCAUAAUGUAUAUGUUGUCUUGCUGUGUAUGUUUAUGUAUUUCUAAAAUAUAUACAUGCAUGUGUUUGUAUUUAUAUAUAAAUAUACACAGUACACAUAUAUUAUGUAAACAAACACGUUUAUUUUGGAUGCGAUUAAUUGUGAUUAAUCGCUUGACAGCAAUACUUUAAACAUUUUAUUGGCACUAUUUAUAGUUUGUAUGAUGUUUUUUACCCACGAAUGACCAAUUUUUUUCUGUAGAUUCAUUUGAGCUGAUGUUGAGAGCUAGAAUCAAGUUUACUUUAUUCAGAAGUGUAUUGCUGGAUUGUCACACUGUGGCCGUUUUACCCUUAAUUAUAUAUUUAAUCUUAAAACCAUCACCCUGCCAAAAUAUGAGUCACAAGUGUUUUCUGUGUUUCAAUAUUAAACCCUGAUUAAAACCAGA